AUGGCCAGCAUUAACCCCACCCGGCACCUGUUCUCACGCCAAAGUGCGUUGUUUCCAGAGCAACAGCCUGCUCCGAAGUCACCAGAGGAACAAACGCCACUCAAUCUCGUGAUUGCGUGGCUAUGGGUCAGCUAUCAUUUCCCAACCAAGCCGUUGGUGAACGUGCGGCAAAGAGGCAAAAGGUCCCCUGGAAAGACUGGUGAUAUCCGCCAGUAA